AUGAAGCCACGCACAAUAUUGGCAUCAAACUAUCUCUCAAAGUACAAGCCGAAUUUCCACUACAUUUCGACAUGGAAAAAUCCCAACAGACUGCCCCUCCCUUAUCUAACACUAUCAGCCUCCUAUAUUUCAAUGAUCGAUGGAUUUAAAUGCGCAGAGAAAAAUUUAAGUAAAAAUGAUGCAACAAAUUUAAGUUCAACAGGACUCCUGAAAACGCGAUGCCUGAGCUCAUUUGCUGCGCGACUCUCGAACCACGAAGAUAAUAAAAGUAGUAAUACAUCACAGCCCUCGGAAACAACAAUCUCAAAGCUUGGAAAUGAUCACGACAGCUCUAUUGACAAAGAACUCAAAGAAACACUAAGGCGCACUCUUUGGCAUUUCCGAGCUCCCAUACGCUUUGCUUUUGCCUACGGCUCGGGCGUCUUUCCACAGUCCAGGCAGACAUAUUCUAUUGUAAGACCGACGUCUAUCCACCCGAAUCCACCACCCGCAGUUUUAAAAGCACAAGGAUGUACUCCAAAAAUGAUUGAUUUUAUAUUUGGUGUCUCGCAUACUCAACACUGGCACUCACUAAAUCUUGCGCAACAUAGAGACCACUAUUCAGCACUUGGAUCAUUGGGAUCAGGUGCAGUUUCAGCGGUUCAAGAAAAAUGGGGAGCUGGCGUUUAUUUUAAUCCAUACGUUUUGAUAAAUGGAAUGAUCAUCAAAUAUGGCGUCGUAAACCUAGAUAAUCUUUGUACCGAUCUCUCUCAGUGGACAACAUUAUAUCUCGCAGGGAGACUACAGAAGCCAGUAAAAAUUCUACGAGAUGAUCCCCGUGUCAGAUUAGCAAACCAUAUUAAUCUCACAUCUGCCCUACGAACAGCAUUGCUACUUCUGCCUUCCGAGUUCACAGAAAAUGACUUAUACGGAACCAUAGCCAGUAUAAGUUACACGGGAGACCCUCGAAUGACUUUACCGCUAGAAAAUAGAGCAAAAGUGGCAAAUAUUGUAGGAAAUAACCUUCCCAACUUUCGCAAACUAUACUCGCAUCUUAUCGAAAAUCUACCCAAUGUUAAUUUCAAAGAAUACAACUCCUCAGAUCCGACAGCUAAUUUUAGGCUUGUGCAAGACAUGGACCCGAUAAAACGAGGUAACAUGGUUCGAAGACUUCCUGAAGCAUUUAGGUCAAAACUUUACUUUCAAUAUCAAAAAAAGUAUCGGAUACCACAGCUUGUGUUUAAUGAAAUGCUCAAAGCCUCAACUGAUGAGGACCCUACGCGAAUUAAGAGGAGAGAAGGUGGAGGGUUCGAGAGGAGAAUAGCUAUGGAAAUACCCGAAGAUUUACGCUCGGAGGUCAGGGGUGUGAUCAAAAAUACUGUUAGAUGGCCCAGUACGAGUCAAAGUCUAAAGGGUCCAGUUACCGCAGGCUUAACAAAAACUUGUCGAUAUUUGAGAGAAAAAAUAUCCAGCAGAAAUCAAGGUAGUCAGAAAGCUGGGUAG